UCAGGUUCUGUGUUUUAAAGUGAUCGGCUGCUCUGGAGGGAGUGUGAUGAUCAACUGCAUGAAGACAAACAAGAGAGAGUCUUCUGAUCAGCUUAAAGGAAAGUAUUUCUGCAGAGACAGAGACUGUAGGACAGGAAUCAGUACUGAGAUUCAGCACCGCUGGGUUUAUAAUGAGAGAUUCGCUCUGUAUGACGGUGAAAACAGAGGAUUCUUCUCAGUGUUCAUUAGGAAGCUCAGCAGAGAGGAUGAUGGGAAAUACUCAUGUGGAAACAAUCAGGAAUGGAGUCAUGAUGUUGAUUUAGUGGUGAACAGAAACUCUUCUUCUUGUGGGACGUCUGUAAGACGAUCUGCAUAUAAAGGUCAAACAAUCACUUUCAGCUGUGAAUAUGAUCAUGGGUUUGAAACACACACCAACGUCUUGUACAGAGUGAAUGGAGAUCCUGUGUUUGUGCUGAAGAUCUCUCAAUCAUCACAAUCAUCUGAAGAGAAGUUCAUCCUGUCUGACAAUCAGAGAAAUCACUUUAAUGUGACCAUCAGAGACAUUUCUCCAGAGGAGCGUGGAGUUUAUUUAUGUGGAGUGGAGAGAGAUGGAGAAGAUACACCACCUUCAGAAACAUCAGUUACUCACAUAACCUUCAUUAAAGAGAUUGAGCUGAACGUUUCUAGUCAGAUAUCUUCUGUCCAGGUUGAGGCCUACAUCAGUAAAUCAGUCUUCAUCAAGUGAGAAUUUCCAGAAGAAUUCAAAGAAAACCAGAAAUUCAUCCAGAUACAUUCAUCACAGGAGAUCUCUGUUGAACAGAAUCAGUGGAUCCGUCAUGAUAAAGUUCACAUGUAUGAUGAUACCAGUUCAGGAGUUUUGAAGGUUUUUAUCAGUGAUUUAACUGAAGCUGAUGAAGGAACGUACAGAUGUGGAGUGAAAACUGCUGACGAUCAUCUGUUCACUGAGAUCAGACUGAAGAUCAGUCAAGUUGAUCAUUUCCCUGAAUCAAGUGAACCAGCUGCUGUUAGUGGUGAAAGUGUGAAACUCAGCUGUAAUUCCCCUGAGAAACAGCAGUCCAUCAAACACAUCUGUAAAGAGAACGAGCAGAAGAUCUGUCAGAGCAUCAGUUCAUCAGAGAAGCAGCGCUUUGAGUUUUCUGACAGUAAAGCAGGAGUUUUUACAGCGAGCAUCAGUAAUGUGAGCCUGAGAGAUGCUGGAGUUUACUGGUGUGGAGCAGAAACCAGACACCAGCGUCUGACUUCUGUUUCUCUCACCAAUAAACAUCAACUGACUUUAACCAUGCCUCCAGUGAUCGGACGUGAAGGAGAUUCAGUCCAGAUCAAAUGCCCUUAUGAUGAAAAACACUCAACAGAAAUGUGUCUGCGCAGAGGAAAGUGUUUGAGUAAAGAAGUAAAGUAUCUGUGUAAAGGAAAGUGUUUCACUAACGAUGCUCAAAUUAUCAUUCAGUCAGAUAAAGAUCAUGUUAAAAAACCAAAGAUUUCAGUAAAGGACGACACUGAACUCAAUCUCUUCACUGUGACCAUGACUGAGCUGAGAGCAGAGGAUGCUGGGAAAUACUGGUGUGCAGUGAAAGAUGUGUUUAAUCUUCCCAUUGAGCUCAUGAUCAUCAGGAAGAACGCGGUCGCUCAUGAAGCGUCUGUCGGAGGAUCAGUGUCCAUCAGCUGUAAACACAUCAGGAAUCAAACACAGAGGUUUUUCUGCAGAGGAGAUCAGCCCAAUAUCUGCUUCAGAGACGGAGUUCAUGUUUCAUCAGAACACAGCAGAUUCUCUCUGACUGAAGAAACCUUUUCUGUGAAGAUCAGCGAUCUGAGAGCAGAGGAUUCUGGGAAAUACUGGUGUGUAGAGGAGAGCUCUGGGUCCUUCAUAUUCACUGAAGUUCAGCUAAACGUGACCGGAGAAAUGAUCUCGUCUGACAGCGAAAGUGGAAAAGACGAGCAAAAAGCAAAGUCUGGUUUUUUUAUAAUAGCUGCAGUUUCUGUGGGUUUGCUUCUGCUGGCUCUGGUUAUAGGGUUAAUCUUAUUCAAACUGAAACACAACAAACAUGGAAUAAUUUCAUCAACAGACAGAAGACAGGGGAUCAUGAAACGACUCAAGAAGACGCCAGGAGCCAUUCAGAUCCUGAAUCAAAUCCUCUCUAUUCCCCAGUUCAUUCACCCACAAUCCCCUCUGAUGGGCUCCUGUACGCUGCUGUCAGUUUCCAGAAGCAUGAAGAGUCUCUCAGUGAAGCUACAGUCAGAUUCAGUAAAGAGGAGACUCACUGUGAUUACGCAUCUGUUAGUCACAAUAUUUCGCCAAAUUAAUACCGGUCUUAAAGUGGAAGUGAAGCAGUCAGUUCAGUUAACAUUAUUUAACCCACAUAGCAACACUGUGUCGGCCCAGAUCCGGGCCACAUCUGGCACCCGUGGAAAGAUGAUCUGGCCCACAUGCAGCAUGGAAUGAUGGCACUUGCCUUUAGAACAGAAAAAGAGAUGAGCAGAAACACAAGAACUACAACUGACUUCAGCCACAACCUUAGAUGAAAUCAC